AGGUGCUAUUAAGAUUUAGAUCCAAGUCCCCCUGUGUGCACCAGCCACACGCCCCACGCGAAGGACACGAGAGCAAUACGUUGCCAGUUCUCGUUUGUUUUUCCAUGUGUGAGAGGCUGCGUUUGAACAACCGUUUUCUUGAAGUCAUUCUUUUUACUUAAGAAGAUGGAAAGCACCACCAUCGCCACAACACAAAUCACGCAAGGUGCAUACUCUUUCGGGAUCGCGGAGGGCCGUCCCCCGAUCACCUUGCAAGCUUCGGCACAGGACUGCGGUAUCCCCAGCGCCACGAGCCAGCAACCCAAGAGCAAAGUGCUGAAAAGACAGCGCUCUAGUUCGCCGGAACUUCUCCGGUGCAAAAGGAGGCUAAGCUUCAAUGGACUGGGCUAUACAAUUCCACAGCAGCAGCCCGUCGCGGUGGCCAGACGCAACGAGCGGGAGAGGAACCGGGUCAAACAGGUCAACAUGGGCUUCCAGACGCUGCGCCAGCACGUGCCCAACGGGGCAGCCAACAAAAAGAUGAGCAAGGUGGAGACGCUGCGUUCGGCGGUCGAGUACAUCCGUGCAUUACAGCAGCUUCUGGACGAGCACGAUGCAGUGUCAGCGGCAUUUCAGUGCGGGGUACCGUCCCCUACACUCUCAAAUAGCUACUCCGCGGACCCAGAAUCGCCUCAUUCCACUUAUUCCUCAGACGAAGGUAGCUACGAGCAUCUAAGUUCGGAAGAGCAAGAGCUGUUGGAUUUCACGACCUGGUUCGACAGAUACUGAUCAGCAGGUGCAGAAAGUUGUAACGACAGAAAAAAAAUCAACCUGAGCGCCUCUCUUCGGUGUUGCCAUGCGACGGGAGAACGGGAUUACAACGGUCCAUGGGUGACUCUUUGCAUUACAGCGGAAAUUAUCACUGCUCGCCUGGACCUACUGGACAAAGCCUCCAAGGACAAGGAAAUGCCGCAAAAGCCAAUGGAAUUAAUUUUGUUAAACUAAGUGCAAUUAAUUGUAUGUAGUCGGAACCAUGAAGAUUAGCAUAUGUCUCCACGUUGACACGAAUGUGGUGUCGUAACGGUUUUGUUAUCGACAAGGUGAUAAGGAGGUCUGGAGCGA